UUGUCCUCCAUUCUAUCUGCGGCUGGAUUUGAUCAUCGCCAUGUCUUCUCACAAGACUUUCAGGAUCAAGCGAUUUCUGGCUAAGAAACAAAAGCAGAAUCGUCCCAUUCCCCAAUGGAUUCGAAUGAAAACUGGUAAUAAAAUCAGGUACAACUCUAAGAGAAGACAUUGGAGAAGAACCAAGCUGGGUCUAUAAUGAGCCUCACAUAUGAAUUCACACACAUUAUCAGAACAUCACUAGUGUCUGGAACAGCUGCCUGUGUUUGAUGCUCUCUCCUCUUGAGCUUUCCUCAUCACUGCUCACUGUGUAGCUCUGUAAUAAACAUGUGAACCUUUAAAAAAAAAAA